AUUUAACACAGAAGACAACUUCACUGUGCUUCACACAUCGCGUGACUGAACAGUGACUACAAUGAGCAUCUUUUGGUUUAUAACUACACUGCUACUGCUGCACUCCUGCACCCCAGGUGUCGGCAUGGAUCAUGGUAUUGUUGGCGGUAAUGUGUCCAUUCCACACAGCCGCCCAUACAUGGUCUACAUUCGUGACACACAAACACAAGCAGCAUGUGGUGGAUUUUUGGUAAGAGAAGAUUUUGUGAUGACGGCUGCCCACUGCAAAAGAAAUCACCUCAGGGUGUAUUUGGGUGUUAAUGACACAGACCAUUUACCUGAGGGCAUAGAGGUCGAUGUCUUUCCACAUAAAGGUUUUGUGAACAAGCCAGGUGAUGACAUCAUGCUAUUAAAGCUUAAAAGAAACGCAACUUUGAACAAGACUGUGAAUAUCAUUGACAUGCCAAAAGCUAUGCAAGAGGAAAUCUCAAGUAACUGCAUGGCCAUGGGUUGGGGAUGGCAGGAAUACAAUGAGAACUCUCCAUCAAGUGUCCUGAAAGAAGUGAACUUGACUCUUUUAGACUCUGAAAAUUGUGCCACACCUCACACUAUAUGUACUAAGGAAGAAGUCGGGCCAGCACGGGGAGACUCUGGUGGUCCACUUAUUUGUGAAAAUGUCCCACAGGGCAUCGUGUCUUACUACAUAACUGAUGAGUCUACAAUCUACCUUACAAUGUAUACUAAAAUCUCUCACUACCUUCCAUGGAUUCAUAAAAUCAUGAAUGAAAUUCUUUAAUGCACCAUGAACCAUGGAAGGCAAAGCUGGAAAAACUUAACAUGUUUGAUUUAAGAAGAAAGCUCUUAAUCUGCAAUUGAAUUCAAAUAAAGGCUCAAUUAAAAUAAACCCAUAUCUCUUCAUAAGUCUGUAAAAAUUAUUUCUGCAGCAACAAGGGCUUAUUAUAGUUGUGCGUCCGUCCUAAAGGUACAUUCACAUUAUAAGCGACUUUGUCGCUGUGUGUCGCUCGUCUCUUUCAAAAGAGGCGUUUCUAUAUCUGUUUGUCAUAAACAAAUGAGUAACGUCCACUCCAGUAACUGACGAGAGGCGGAUGAUGUGAACUCCAUUGCUUCAUUAUAAUUGGAAGUCGCUCCCAAAAGUCGCUCAUAAUUUGCAUAAAGUUAAAAAUUUCUCAACUACAGUCGCCAACGGUUAUUGUUGCACGUGUCGCCGGAAGUCGCCAAGCUUUCAUUGAAAUCAAUGAGAUUGCGUCGCUCUGCUACUGCUAGUCACUGCUAGCCUGAAUGCAGCUUAAGGCAUAGCCGCGAUGGCGUAUGCUACUCGUUUUUUACUUUUUUUACCUGACGGGAGGAGUUCUAGUGGAUUAAUCACAGCGCUUUUGGCCUGUGUAGAACUGAUGCGCUGUUAAAAUUUCGCACGUCAGGCUACGCAGAGCUAUGCACAAGCUACUGAUAACCUACAGCGUAGCUACGGCAUAGACCUUACGCACCACUAUAACUUGGGCUUUAGUUCUAUUACAA